CUCACAAGGGGUCUUGCUGCAAUGCGAGGAGCAACGACACGAAGGAGUUCGCGCCGCAGCCGGUGUUUCAGGUCGUCGAGAGCGCGCGGGAGCCAGCCUCAGUGCCUCCUGUGUGCGCUGUGUUUGUUCCUCGUAGCAGGUGCCGCUGCUCUUGCCGCUUUCGGCGACAACAAGGACUCAAUGCACAACACCCACCGCCAGCAUGGUGGCGAGGGAUAUGCAAGGACGGAGGAGCGUAGGGGAGACUCGGACUCUGCUGCUGCUGCUGCUGCUGCUGCUGCUGCUGCUGCUGCUGCAGCGUCGAGCGCGAUUGGCGCUGAUUUUCUCAAUCGACCGUCUCCCCUCCCGUAUCGCCGCGUGGAAGGCACAAACCGCCGCACUAGUGACUAUAGCAGUAGGGGAGUGACCACUGGCACCGGGAACCGGGGCGGAUCUCCUCUUCGUGGCUCAGCAGCAAUGUCGUCCACUACCGCGUUCGUUGCCUCUCCUGGGUGGCGGUUGGCGAGCAGCAGCAGCAGCAGCAGCAGCACAUUGCAGCAGCAGCAACAGCCGUCAGUGACGCGCCGCCGACCGCCCGCUCAACAGCAACAGCAACAGCACCGUCCGCAGGGGUGGUCGCAGCAGCCGCAGCAGCGAUGGUCGCAGCUACCCACGGCUUCCCGAGGCCACGACGCCGCGUCUGCUCGUCACAGCAGCAGCUGGCGAAGCGGCUUCCACGGGGCAAGCUCUGGCUCCGCCUCUCAUUCUCAUGGUGUCCGCAACAGCGACGACUGGCGUUCUCCGAACGGUUCGUGGGGGAUGAUGGUACGCGGCGGUCCCACUGCUGUGCGCAUGGGCGCGGUGGCGGGGCCGGAGGCGGCAGCAAGCCGGCCUGCGUUGCUGGUUACGAUCGGUCCGCAGUGCGCCGGGAAGACUAGCCUGCUGAGGGCGCUGGCGGCGAAGAGUGAGGCGGCUCGAGAGGAGCGCAGAAGCAGCGGCGGCGGCGGCAUGACCAGUGGUAGCACUGCUGCUGCUGCUGCUGCUGCUGCUGCUGCUGCUGUCCGAUCCGUUGCAGAUGUCACAAUCGAUGACCAUCCUUCGGUGUACCACAAGAUCCCCACGGCUCUCUUGCUAGGCGGCUGCGCCCGGGGUUGCCCGGAAGAUUUACUGCUGGCGCGGCGCUCCCUGAGCGAUCGCCUCGGCGACCCCGGUUGUGUGGAAACCCGACUGGUGGCGUUUCGGCUUGAGGGCCAUAUCUCUGCAGAGGAGUUUGCGGGCCGGCUGGGGGAGUGCAGGGGUCAGGCGUCGCCUGCAGCCAUCGCGGCUCUCUGCUGGGCCGUAGAGAGCGCGGUGUCGGACAACGGGAGGAUUUCCACCCCCACCGUAGACGUUUUCGUGAGGGAAAACCUCUUCCCUGACGCCAUCUCGUCCAGCCAGGAGAGGUUGGCCGCGGCUGCGAGGGACGAGGAAGGGCUAGUGGCGUGGGGGAACACCAACACCCAAGCAAGGGACUACCGGGGAGCGCUAGAGCAAGCAGAGCGGACCGGACGGCCGGUUCGGUUCCUCCGGUGGGGCCACGAGCUGCCCAUCCUGAGCCUAGAGGAACUGAGUCGGCGCAAUGUGUGCCGUUUCGCUUGUACAGGAAGGUACGUCGAAACGGCUGCCAUCGAGAACGCCCUCGCUCGAGUCGACAAGCUCUACGCCUCCACCGCCGGGGGAGACCCAGCGAGGCUAGCCCUUGCGGCCGGUUUCCAGAUGGAUGCCUCCGGCAGGGUCCACUCCCAACCAUCCCCCCCCCGACGCCGCGGCAACGGCAGUUGGGAGAAGAAUACGCGGCGACGCGUGGGUGGCGGGGGAAGAGCAGACACGAGCGCUCACAGCGGCGGCGGUAUUGGGAGCUCGGAAGGUGUCGUGCGUGGGAGGGACGGGGCUUGGGACAACAGAGGAGGCAGCGAGACGUGGUUCCAUGACCAAGCGAGUGGGAGAACCAUGCGGCGGGAAGCUACGUCGCACAGCGUACCGCCGCCGCCACCGAUGGCACGACCGAUACCGGCCGCCGGGCCUGACCGGUUCACCUUGGGCGCGGAUCGUCGGCGCUACGAAUACACCGGCGCUCCGCUGGGGCUAGCGCAGGAGUGGACCCCUCGGGGAGGCACCGGCGCGGGGGGAAGCAGUCGACGUCGGGACCACUCCGACACGGGGGGGGGGGCAGGGGGCCCCGAGGGCGUGCCUCCGACGGUGAUGUUCGGGAACGAGUGGGGAAGGAAGCGGGAGUGGCGGCGGACCGGUUACACUGACGACGACAUCGACCCGGAGAUGGGGUCGUGCUUCUUCAGGACCCCGGCGAACUCCACCGGGGUGCUCAGGCGCAGCGACCUUGGGGAAGGGACGGGAGCGGACCUGGAGGAGAUGGAGCUCGUGCGGCGGAUCAAGAGUUUGCGGCAGCGACGAUGAUGACGUUGGUGGUGAUUAUUCCCCAGGCGUGUUUCGUGGACUUUUGAUCUUGUUGUGGUUAAUUUAACAUCCGGCCCUCUUUUCUUGGUCAAAUCGGUCCUUGCAUUCUUGGUUCGGUUCUGAUUCGAUCAGCUGUUUUGCCGUGGUUGCUGGUUGGUGGGUUUCGGAUGGAUGGGCAGCUUCACAACUUCGAUCGCGAUAGGUUCAUAAGACUUGACGGAUUAGAUUAAAAGGUGGGCGUGAGAAUUGGCUUUCCAAGGAGGCGUGAGUUGUUUCUUCAUCGUCCAACUUCUGUAACGGAACCGAAAUUCCGCCACAAACGAGAUAGACGAAGACGGGAGUGACGCCAUGCGGAGUUGACUCUUGCCUGGUCACAUUUGUUACUUGAAGAGUGCAGUUUAGUGUUCGACGUCUCUGUUUUGUGCUGUUCAUGGGGGACGUUGCUGUUGCUUUGUGAGUGGUUCUCUUGCGGUAGGAAUCGCCCGCCCGGGUCUACUUGCAGCAGCAACGAGCGUCAGGUUUUGCCUGUGGGCGUUGCUUGUUGACCCCAUAGCGCGCCAGGGGGGNGGGGGGGGGGGGGGGGGGGGGGGGGGGGGGGUAGCACCGGUGUGCCGCAGUUGCGGGAGACGGAUCGGAAUAGUUUCGGAAAAAAAAUCAGGGACGAAAUGAUUAUUAGUAGAAAGGCAAUGGGAGAAGUCGGCACGCAUCAACGGGAGCGCACUAGACAGGGCUGGAGAGGUUUUGACGCGAAGGUAUAGGGACCGCAAGGCGCGCGUGGUAUACGGGAGCAGAUCAGCUAGGUUUAGGCGUAGUACGAGGGUAACGCCACAGCUCAAGAGCGCGGCAAUCAAGAUAUUUGAGGCGAAAUGCUUGCAACAUUUUAGGUCGGACGCAAUUUUUAUUUCUCUGCAAGUGAUGUGCUUGCUGGGUUGAAGACCCCAUAGACUCAAAACCGUGAGUUAUCAUGAAAAAUGACUUGGUUGUAGUCCAAGGUAAACAUGAACAGUAUCAUCCCGGCAUUCCGGCAAAUUGUGGGGUUGUCAAGUGAUAGCCCUACCUGUGCUUGUGUUUUUGCUUGGGGAUGUGUGUUGUAGGGGGUUGUGGUGUUUCGUAGGGAUGUGAAACUUCUAUUGUAGGCGGCAUGAUUGUUUUUUUUAUUUGCCACCAUGAUACUGCCCAGCGCUAAACGAGGAGUAGGAGGCCGAUAUUGUUCGAAUUCGUGGUCGGAAAGUACAAUUCUGUAGGGGCAGCCCACCGUGUCCUACCACGUCCUCGGUCCCACCACGUCCGUCCGCUUCUACAGGGGACAACUUUCCAUUUGACUCUUGCCGCACGCGGUGGUUGGUGCUUGCUGUCCCCCCCGUUCGUGUGGACAACUAUCUUCGUUUUCUUGCAGGUCCGGAAGUGGGGAGGCGUUUGGUUAGUCUUACCCCGAUGGUGGCAUGAACAAAACGUGGUUGGUGGCUUGCUUGUCUGUGUUGUUGUCUUCGCGCCUCUGGGCUACGUUAAAUCUCUUGCGGAGGUUUCAACACACCUGCUGCGUGUUUGUAGGCGGGCUCGGCACGGUCGUUGGCGUUAGAUGAGGCGCGCUGUGAUACACACGACCGUUGGUCGGCACGGCGGUGCUGCUGUAGCCGGCGCGGUGGCCCUUGCCAGAAACCGCCAUCGCUCUGUCUCGUUGUUGUGACACUGGGGCUUACGUGUUGACACGACGACGAUGACCGCUGCUGACUUUGGGCGGCGCCGCCUUCGUCGCAAAGAAAACACGGGAGAGAAUGUCCGCCACGCGGAGGCAUCAUGCUGUGAUCCGGUGGUAUAGAGAAGGUAUAUUGAGGCCUUGGCCGCUGCCCGUGGGAAGAGCGCACCUGAGGCCCUUAAUUUGGCUCGGAACUGUGUUAAGACGACGGAGGGGGUCGGGAGCUAGGCUAAUAGAGGUAGGCAAGGCGUUUUUGUUCGAUCAACUGUGUUUUUUAGUAAUGGUGUGCGGUUGUGUGUUGUCUGUGCACGUGGAUUGGGUCAUCUGCGGCGGCGGAACUCGAAGAGACGAAAGCGCAACCACCGCACACUUUCCCGCCA